GAGAAACGGAAGGAACCUUUGCCGGUGACGGAAGCCGGGAGGCGGCGUUCGUGCCGGCGCUUCUAGUAGCUUCUAGGCGCGCGCGGAGACGGGCGCUCGGCAUCCACGGAGAGAGACGCGGCGGCUGCUUCGGAAUCGCCGAUGGCCAAGUGGGGAGAAGGAGACCCGCGCUGGAUCGUCGAGCAGCGCGCCGAUGCGACGAACGUCAAUAACUGGCACUGGACUGAAAGAGAUGCAUCUAACUGGUCCUCAGAGAAGCUGAAAACUCUGUUUCUGGCUGUUCGAGCAGAGAAUGCAGAUGGGGUUUGUGAAGUAACAGAAGUGAGUAAACUGGAUGGAGAAGCCUCCAUCAACAACCGCAAAGGAAAGCUAAUUUUCUUCUAUGAGUGGAACAUCAAGUUGGCUUGGACAGGUACCUCAAGCAGUGGUGUGAAAUAUAAAGGAUAUGUGGAGAUUCCUAAUCUGUCAGAUGAAAAUGAUGUUGAUGAAGUUGAGAUUACAGUUAGUCUCGCAAAAGAUGAGCCAGAUACCACUCUGCUAGCACUGAUGAAGCAAGAAGGCGUAAAACAGAUUGUUAGUGCUUUGAGGACUUACGUCAGCACUCUCAAAACAGAAUUUACCCAAGGCAUGAUUCUGCCUACAGUGAAUGGUGAACAGUCAGAUCCAGCACCUUGUCCUAUCCGUAAAGCAGAGGAACGCAAGACCACUCAAAAACCUGCUGCUAGCAAUGCACUUAAAUCCAAAUCUGUUGGAGUCAAGAUUCCUACGUGCAAGAUAAACUUGAAGGACACUUUCCUGACAUCUCCAGAUGAGCUGUACAGAGUCUUCAUUACACAGGAGAUGGUCCAGGCUUUUACUCAUUCUCCUGCUGUGGUGGAAGCUGACAAAGGAGGAAAAUUCCAGCUGUUAGACGGCACAGUCACUGGUGAAUUCACUGAACUAAUUUCUGAGAAGCAGAUUGCUAUGAAGUGGAGAUUUAAGUCAUGGCCAGAGGGACAUUUUGCAACGAUCACCUUGACCUUUGCCGACAAAUUUGGUGAAACAGAAGUCCAUCUGGAAGGGAGAGGUAUCCCAGCCAGUGAAGAAGAGAGAACAAAGGAGGGCUGGCAACGUUACUACUUUGAGGGCAUUAAACAGACGUUUGGCUAUGGAGCCCGAUUGUUUUAACGCUGGCUGCUGCGGAGAGUCUCUGUCCAAAGAUUCUACCGUGUGAACUGAUUUGCUUCUUGUCUGUCCCUUUCUUAUCCUUUGUUUCACUGUUGUGACAAGCAGGAUGGGAAGAAGGUCGUGAUGGCCAUCUGCCUGGGCAGUGCAGUUUCCAGCCCUUCACUGCUUGUGCAUGUCUCCUGCCGCAGGGGAUUCAGAGGUGGAGUCUCAUAAAUGUAUAUACACCCGUAUUGCUAAAUAAACAUAACUUAAAGAA